UAUUUGUACAUCACAUGAGCUCGUGUGUCCGUGCGUCUUGACUUCUCAUUCUCAAUGGUCCUUCUGAACCGAUAGACCUAUCAGCGCGUGAAAUCUAAAACUAUUCGCUCGUUGGGGUGAUGGGCUGCAGACUGCCUAAGCUGCGGAGGGCGGAGGAGAGGAGUCCUGGCAAGAUAUACUCCACUCUCCGACGGCCCCAGGUGGAGACCAAAGUGGGCGUGGCCUACACCUAUCACUUCCUAGACUUCCUGUUGGGGAAAGAAGAGGUGCCUGUGUCCUCGGUCCUGUGUCUGUCGUCUGUUCGAGAGCUACCGGUGCAGGUUCGUGAGCUGUACGCUCAGGGCUUUAUCCUGGUGGCACUCCACCCCUUUGUCCACCCCUGUGGCCCGCGCCACUCUCGAAUCCAACGACAGCUCCACAGAGCUGUGCUCAUCAGGGAGACACACAGUCUCUCACCCAGCCAGGAGAGGAGUCAGCUGACCUGGUCCGAGCGUCGCUUGGAAACGGAGGUGUGUGUGGCGGGUCUCCAAGACCCCGACCCGGAAGUGAUCCAGAACUACGUGAAGAAGGUCCAGGAUGUGUCGGAGCAGGGUGUGCUGUUUGUGGGGUUCCUCCAGCAGCCUGGAGGAGGGCCGUGUUUCCAGGGGCACUGGGACUCUGGGGAGCUGUCUUCCCUCCACUCCAGCCCCUCCCCCAUCCACAGACACCCCACCAGUACAGGCACCAGCCCCACAGAACACAAACAACCACAACAGAACCUCUCAGAGCCCCGCUCUCUGGACCACAACCACGUUGAACAGAAAUCCCCCGACCACGACACCUUAGACUCCAACCCCGGUUCCUUUGCUUGGGUUCCAUUAGAACACAACCCAGAAGAACUGACGGGCAGAGAAUCGAAGCACGGUUCCGUCAAGGCAUUAAAGAACCUUUCAAACUAUUGCCUAAAGGAAUUAGAUGAAUCAACAGACAUUUCUCAAGAACACAGUCACGCAGAGCUGGAACCACAGGUCCAGAAUCACAGACCAGCCCAUAGUACAGACAACUCCAAGACAAGAGAACCCUCUGAAAAUCUACAGGGCGACCAUACAACAGAAAUCCCAUACCUGGAAAAAACAAACUACGACAGGAAAACAGAAUGUAUGGCUGGGACAGGACCAGACUACCACCCAGUAGUGGCAGAGUCGACAGACAGGCUUGUGGGACCAGAUCAGGACCCAGACAUGCAGAGCCAGGGCUCAGAUAGCCAGAGUCCAAGGCCAGACUUGCAGAACAGAAAAGCAGGGAGAACGUCUCAAGGCCUCAAGGAAGAUGACAGGGCCGGGUCCCCAGAACCAGACCAGGACCAGAAAACAGAACCUCGGUCUGAAACACCACCCCAUCAGGAAGGCUCUGAGGGAAGCACUCGCCACGGAGAUGGAGACUGUAAUGCAGGACUCAUCCUGGUCGCCAGCCACCUGGAGGAACUGCAGAGGAGCAGCAGGGUGAUGACCCGCAACAACAACCACAUCCGGGUCAGGAGUUCGGAGAGAGAGAAGAAGACGUCACCGCCUGCACAGACGAGAAUGCAGCUGUUUGCUCUUUACAACCAUGUGGGCGAGCUGUGCAGUUCACUGAGGUUCUACUCGCUUCGAGUUCCCCUGCGAGUCCAGAGAGAGGCGGGGCUAGUGACGGCAGUCGACGCCCACUGGCUGGAUCACAUGACUCAGCAUUUCAUCAGCGGAGCUCGCCUUAUCGAUGGCUUUUUUAACCUCGGAGACGGCAAUGAAAAUGGGGUCUCAUCCGUGGACAGUGUGUUCAUCUUCCAGACCUCCUCAGAAGAGACCUCCCCCAUCUCCUAUGACGCCAUCGUGGUCGAGCAGUGGACUAUCGUUGACGGCGUGGUAGUUAGGACAGACUACAUCCCCUUGCUCCAGUCCCUGGCUCCCUUUGGGUGGAGGCUGAUGUGUGUCCUGCCCACUCCCAUCAUCAGGACUAACAGUGACGGGAGUUUGUCCACCAAACAAAUCCUAUUUCUACAGAGACCCACUCUGCAACGCAAAAGAAAAGACUUCAAGAAACUGAACCUCAGGGGUCGGAACAAGGCGAAGAAAAGUAGAGCCAGAGAAACGCAUGAGAAGAAAGAGGAGAGGGAGAAUGCUUCCCCGGAGAUGGAGAGAGGAAUCGAUAGAGUAGGGGAGAACAGGAAAGAGGAGGAGGAAGAAUGGAAGACACAGAAGAACCGCAAAAACAGAAAGGAAGAGAAAGGAGAGUGCCCUCAGAGAGAUGGCGAUGGUAAGGAGAAAGAGGUCUACUCUAAGAAGGACAUGUCACUCAAAAUUGAGAGCGGGGUGACUGACACAUACAAGGAAGAGAAGAUAGAGGUUGUCAGAAUCCCAUUGGCCAAGCAGAAGUCGGUGAGAUGGACAGAUGGACAUAAAAGAGAAGCAUUUGGAGAUAAAGAGGGCAUGAGAGCAGAGGUGACAAUGAGCCAGCAGCUAAGUGAGAGAGCGCUGUUCUCUGGAGUGUGUUGACUUACUGAACUCAAAACGGUGAACAUGAACCAAACCGAUGUGUGAAUACAGCAAACAUUCCGUAGAAUGCUAUGUGUAUCGAAAAGCCUUUGUUUUCUUUGAGUAGACAUGCGGAUAUAAACUCUUACAAAAGACAGACUUUUGAAUCGCCUUGCAAACGUAUAAUAGCUUGCUUUAAUCAACGUACAUGAGACUGUAAACUCAUCACUUCUUGAACUGCGUUGCUGCCAUGUGCUUUAGCUUAUAGACCUUGUGAAUGGGGUCACCGGUGUGUGUAUUCAGGUUUUCCAUUUUGAGCCAGAAAAGGUUUUUAUGGCUAUGUUAUCUGGAUCAUUCUGGAACACAUAAGCAGUAUCUAUUGUCCAGCUGUCUGUAAAGGGGCUUGGGCUUACCUCCCACGGGAAAACCAACAUAACAUAGGAAAUGUAUUUUGUACUUACAUUGAACCCAAGGAAUAUGCUUGAGGUGGUGGUGCUCAUUGUAUGUGUGAACUGGAAUCAGUUGUUUAAAUGUACCUGGAUAAUGUGUGAACUGCGUGAGUGAUGUGGUUAAGAUACGUAGACAAGCAGAAGAAAUAAAA